AUGACUCCAGGUUCUUUCAAUGACGUUCUUUCAUCGUCUGCGUCUACAACAUCGGGUUCCAGUGGUCGAACUCGAGUGGACUCCCUCCAAACUCCUGACCCUUCCAAAAUAACUGAAGGGAAGGUCAUAACUUUGACCACAGGUCUCACGUCCCUUGAGCCCCCCUCCCUGCGCUCAGAGACCUCCUCUCCGGUUUCAACCCAUUCUGAUGCCAAUUCACUUAUUGGCAGCACUCGCAGUUCCCGGCGUGGAAUGCGACCUGCAAGCAGGAGUCACCCAUACCUGCAUCGUGGUGCUCCUAGUACCCAACUGGAGCUGCGCUUUGCCCUGAAGGGAAUCCGAGGAACCCCUGACAUCAAACUUACUGAUGCCAUAAAGGGGCGGGACAUUUUCUUGCGUGGUCUCUCGUCUUUGUCAAGUGACACGAUAACGUUGGCAGCACACGCCAAACAUGCUGCGCGAGAAAACCACCGUCACAAGGUCAAGCAACUCGGUUGGGAGAUCCAAGAGGUAGAAUACAACAAGCUACUCCUCAAAGCAUUUGAGCGGAAGGAGAAGAAGCGACUGAAAAUGGCAGAGUCGGAUUAUCGCCUCUUCGAGAAGCUCUUAGUGGGACGAGAUCUUCCGGCUCUACAGCAGGAUGCUGAAUACCUGGAGGAAUCGCACGAUUCUGAGCUCGAUUCCCUAGCUACGGCUGAUGAGCAGCUCUAUCAAAUUUCAUCUGUAUCACCACUCGCAACAAAAUAUGUCUCUCACAGGCUUCCAAACAGUAGUGACACGGAGUAUGAGCAAGAUGAGGAGGAGGCUGACAAUGGGGAACGAUCCGACGAUUCCGAUUAUUCUGACGCCGAAUUGGAAGCAAGAUCUACUGGUAGGCGAAAGCCCAACGCUGCAAGGAAGGGUUUUCGGCCAGGGAUUCACUCGGACCUUAAUCCCAGUGGCCAGUCGGUCGCCAAUCAACUCGCCUUACCUGGUGAUCGCGCAACGACACCCGCAGAACAUCGCAUUCAGAUGCCCAUCUCACAGCAGCAUCAUGCACAACUUGAGCCCCAUUACCAUCAACCCCCACCGCCGCAAUAUUCCCAGCCUCAACACCAAGCUCCGCUCAUGCACCAUCAGCAACCCCCGGCCAUGCACCAUCAGCACCCCCUGGUCAUGCACCAUCAGCAACCCCCACCCAUGCAUCAUCAGCAGCACCCGCCCAUGCACCAUCAGCACCCGCCCAUGCACCAUCAGCACAACCCACUCAUGCACCAUCAGCAACCCCCGCCCAUGCACCAUCAGCAACCCCCACCCAUGCACCAUCAGCAACCCCCGCCCAUGCACCAUCGGGACGAGGAUAGAGCAUUAGCCGACGCAUAUGCUGGCGCAUUUGCCCUCCUCCACGAACCAUCGUCAAGGCAGCCAUCACAACCAGAUUUGGUCGGAAAUGGGUCUUUGGCCCCAUGGGGGGCCGCGCGGCUUGUCGCUCUGGCCCCCCUUCACUUGGGAGAGAACAUCCGUGGGGAGAGAACCCAGGGUGUUAUUCGAACUCAAAAACAUGUCUCCGACAGCGGGAGACGACGACGUAAUGCGAGACUUCCUCCCACGCCAGAGCUACUGUCAGCUGAUCCUGCCGCUGCACCUGAUUUGCCCGAGGGGUCUGGGUCAAUUGUGGACCCGCCCAUUUCGACUCGCAUAAAGCUCUCGACGAAAUCAGCCCGAAAGUUGAAAGAAACCGCAAAGAGUAAGCUUCGGGCGCUUCUACUGAACAUGGAUGCGGAAACAGAUGGUGCCCCGAAUGAUGAGCUUCGCGAUAAGAUGAUACGCAAUGCGUUGCAAGCCACGAAAAUUGAACAAUUUGGUCAAGCGGAAAUCGAGGAUAUCAAGGGUAUCAACAAUUUUAUGGUGGCCGCAAUAGCAGAUAUGCGACGCGGGUUCAAAGCUUACGCGAUGAAAACAGUUCCAGUUGGCUAUGGUCUGCGCCUGCCACUGUUUUCGGAACAGGAUGAGUCAGCGCAUGGGCGAGAUAGAAGCAUGGGUGACACGGAGGUUCGACGAUUACUGGAGAACGAAGUUCUCAUCAACAUGGUCAUUGACCUUUUGAAAGACGGAUUAUCGGACAUUGUAAAGGGCCCACUCGAUCGUUUGUUCGCAGCAUGUGGCGCAACAAUCCGCUGCGUGCUAUAUGCCCAUCGUACUGGUCAUUUCGUUGAUUUCUCUGUAAAUUCCUCUAUUUUUGAUGAUGCUUACCACGAGAUCAUGAACUACAUUACUACAACUAUUCAUCCUUCAGAUACUUUGCGUGAAAGGUUCGCGGCUGUACAGCAGGAGGUUCGCAAACGAGUUUAG